AUGGCCGACCAGGACGAGGAUUAUAGUUCAUUACCACUCCCCGAACGAUUUACUCACAAGAUUUGGAAAGUCAGAAAAGCAGCAUACGAAGAUGCUGCUAAACAGUUUGCUUUGACUCCUGACGAGUCCCAUCCAUGUUUUCGCCCCUUUCUAAACGAACCAAACCUCUGGAAGUCGGCCGUGGCAGAUUCGAACGUCGCAGCACAGCAAGAGGCCAUCGCUGCUCUUUGCGCCUUCUUGAAGUACGGCGGGCCAGAUUGUGCGCUACGAACCCGCGGUUUGACCAUCACGCACAUGGUUGAGAAAUGCCUGUCUUCAACCAGAGCGGCUACGAAACAGAAUGCUCAGGAGGCCUUGCUUCUCUACAUCGAACUCGAUGUUGCUGGCCCUGUUGUAGAGGAUGUGCUACCUGGCCUCUCCAACAAAGUACCCAAAAAUGUCGCGGCUACAUUGAAUGCGUUGGCGGCGAUAAUUCACAACUAUGGUUGCAAAGUUGUGGACCCCAAGCCCGUUCUCAAGGCUUUGCCCAAGGUCUUUGGAGCUGCUGACAAGAACGUCCGCGCCGAGGCAACGAACCUCGCAGUCGAGUUGUACAGAUGGCUACGUGAGGCCAUGAAGCCCAUGUUUUGGGGCGAUUUGAAACCAACGCAGCAGGCUGAUCUAGAAGCGCAGUUUGAAAAGGUCAAGGCCGAGCCGCCACCGAAACAAGAACGUCUGCUUCGAUCCCAGCAGGCAGCAGCAGAUUCGGCAACUGCUGGAGGAGAUGAAUAUGAUAAUGGUGAAGCAGAAGGGGACGAGCCUGCUGAACUGGACGCGUUUUCUCUCGCCGAGCCCCAAGAUAUUACUAAGAACGUUCCUCCCAACUUUACUGAUUUGCUUGCUUCCUCAAAGUGGAAGGAUCGCAAGGAAGCUGUCGAUGCCUUGUUUCAAGCCAUCAACGUUCCUCGCAUCCAGGACAGCGACUUCAACGAGGUAAAUCGAGGUCUUGCCAAGUGCAUGAAAGACGCCAACGUUGCUGUCGUCACACAAGCUGCCCUAUGUGUUGAACAACUGGCUAAAGGCCUGCGUCAAAGCUAUGCAAAAUAUCGAGCUAUUGUGAUGCAGCCGAUCAUGGACCGGUUGAAGGAGAAGAAGACGUCUGUUUCUGACGCACUGGGUGCAGCUCUUGACGCGGUUUUUGCAUCAACGAGCCUUGGCGAUUGUCUCGAAGACAUUAUCGCAUACCUGGGCAACAAAAACCCGCAAGUCAAGGAGGGAACGAUGAAGUUUCUUAUUCGUUGUCUACGUACUACGAAAACAGUUCCUUCCAAACCUGAGAUUGCUACUGUCUGCGAAUCAGGGAAAAAGUUGCUCUCCGAGUCUAGUCCGACCCUCAGAGACGGCGGUGCUGAAAUCCUAGGGACGGUGAUGAAGAUUAUUGGAGAGCGAGCAAUGUCGCCUUAUCUUGAGGGUCUGGAUGAUAUCCGAAAGACAAAAGUCAAGGAAUUCUUCGAAGCUGCCGAGGUAAAGGCCAAAGAGAAGAAAAAGCCGGCACCGGCCGCAAGGGCUGCUCCCCCUUCAGCCAAGAAGCCAUUUGGUGCCAAGAAACCAGCAGCCAAAAAAGCAGCCCCUCCAGUCAUGCCGGCCGAGACCCCUGCUGCAGCUUUACCGACGGGCAAACCCGUAGCUGCAGGAGGCAGACUGGGGACCCCGAAGCCGUCAAAUUUGGGAAGCUUGAAAGCUCCCUUGAAAAGAACUGUCGCUGGCCCGGGAGCAGCAUCACCUCGCCGUCCAGGUGCGGCACCACCCGUUAUGCCCUCCGAGGAUGAACCUAUGGCAGCAGCAGCACCUGCACCUGCACCUGCAUCUGCACCUGCAGCAGCGCCACAGCCUCGACUUGGCUUAACCCGGGGACUUGCUGGACGUUCCCUGGUGAAGCCGGUAGCUGCCCCCAUUAUGCCAACAGUUGACUCUCCGCCUCAGUCCAGCAGUCUCACUGCCGUCGAAAGAGCAGAGUUGGAGGAGCUAAGGGCGACGAACGACCGCCUUUCGCGUCAAGUAGAUGAUAUGCGUCAAGAAAGAAAUAAGUUCAUGGCAGAAAUACAAGAGCUCAAGAAUCAAAACGCUGGGCUCAUUGAGGAUCAUACUCGAGAUGUUCUCAGCAUAAAGGCCAAGGAAACGCAGUUGGUACGAGCGCGAAGUGACGCCGAGGCGACAGAGCAAGUAAAUGAGCGCUUGCGACGGGAGUUGGAUCGUCUGAAAAAAGCGCUGAGCCGCGCCGAAGGUUUUGGAACAUCUCCAGGGAUGGGAAGCCCAGUAACAUCGCCAACAUACGAUGAAGUGGGCAUAUAUCGCGACUCUGAAGCAGCCUCAGGCAACCGUCAUAGAAUGAGUUUCAACAGCACCGUGUCAGAGGAGAAAGAAAACGGUGGUCUGGCGUAUCCCAGGAGCAAACUCAGCCCGGAGCUUCGCUAUACCGGCAGUGGAGCCUCAUCAGGGCGUGGUUCCCCCGCAAGAGGCUUCCGGAACGCGGCGUACUCAGCGUAUGAGUCUACCGAGUCAAGUUCGCCAACGACAAGAGAACGGCCCAUAUCUUCACUGCCCCAGCCUACCGGUGGUGGUGUGGAGAGUUGGAAACGUGCGGCUGAAGUGACGAGCCAGCUCAAGGCCCGUAUCGAACAAAUGAAGGCCAAACAAGGGUUUGCCCGCCCUUGA